AUGAAGCUCGUGAGUGUGCUGCUUGUGCAGCAGCUGUUUGCCGCCGAUGGCUUCCAAGCUUUCAGCGACAGAGCUGAGCUGCGGGAUGUCCUCGUCGACUGGUAUUUCAAUCCAGGCAACCGCCCCGCCAUCGAGGGCGUUUACGGACCGAUCGAAGAUUGGGACGUCUCAGCUGUCACGAGCUUUGAAGGGUUGUUCUCAACCCUGACCCUCUUCAAUGAAGACAUCGGAAAGUGGAACACAUCCCAGGUGACAAACAUGUUCGGCACAUUCAACAGCUGCCGGGACUUCAACAGGGAUAUUGGCUCAUGGGAUACAUCCAAGGUGACCACUAUGUCAAACAUGUUCGCCAAUGCAUGGGCCUUUAACCAGGAUAUUGGGUCAUGGGACACAUCCCAGGUGACCGAUUUCAUGAACAUGUUCAACAGCGGCCGUGGCUUCAACGGGAACAUUGCAUCCUGGGAUGUAUCCAAGGUGACCAAAUUUCGAACCAUGUUCAGGGACGCGUAUGCCUUCAACCAACCCAUUGACACAUGGGUUACAUCCCGCGCGACUGACAUGCGAGGCAUGUUCGAACGAGCUACGGCUUUCAACCAGCCACUGAAGUCCUGGGAUGUCUCCAAUGUGUCGAAUUUCAUUGACAUGUUCCGUGAAGCCACCGUCUUCAACCAGCCUCUGAAUUCCUGGGAUGUCUCGAAUUCAGAGAAUUUCGGUAGCAUGUUCAAUGGAGCCACGGUCUUCAAUCAGUGCCUGGACUCAUGGAGUGAUCAGAUCAAUGUCACGCCCAGCUUCAAUAUGUUUUUAGGCACCUCAUGCCCUGAUGAAGACUGCACUGUUUGCCCCUCGGGCCUGUGGUGCGAAGACUUGGAUGCCUUGGACUAUGCGCUGUUGGGCAAGGGGGGCAAGUUGGCUGCGAAAAAAUGCCUCCUGCACUCGCUGAUAAAGGACUACAAGUUCCCAGAAGAGCUUCCUUCUUGGAGCCGGGUCGCAACGAAGGCUGGGCAGGCCAGAGUGUUGUGCUUCGUCAUGGUCUCACUGGUGGUGGCCGCAGCUGCUUGGCGAAUCCGUAGGCAGCGGCCUCUGGUCUAUGAAGCGCUGUAA